AGCACGCUCCCCCUCUUUACGGCCCCUCCUCUCGAUCGUCCUCCCAAAACUCUUCUACACGCUCCCCCUCUCGCCGCCGCGUCCAAUCCGAAGUAGCAACCGCGCCGCCGACCAAGCCUUCCGAUGGCGGACAAGGAGCCCGUCGUGGAGCGCCACGUCGCGGAGGAGGAGGGCGAGGACUCCUCCUCCGCCGCGGCCGCCGUCGCCGGCGAGGAGGAGGACACCGGCGCCCAGGUCGCCCCCAUCGUGCGGCUCGAGGAGGUCGCCGUCACCACCGGCGAGGAGGACGAGGAGUCCCUCGUCGACAUGAAGGCGAAGCUAUACAGGUUCGACAAGGACGGGAACCAGUGGAAGGAGAGGGGCACGGGCACCGUCAAGCUGCUCAAGCACAAGGAGAACGGCAAGGUCCGCCUUGUCAUGCGCCAGGCCAAGACGCUCAAGAUCUGCGCCAACCACCUCGUUAUCUCGACCACCAAGAUGCAGGAGCACGCAGGCAGCGACAAGUCCUGCGUCUGGCACGCGGCCGACUUUGCUGAUGGAGAGCUCAAGGAUGAGAUGUUCGCCAUCCGAUUCGGCUCCGUGGAAAACUGCAAGAAGUUCAAGGAUUUGGUUGAUGAGAUUGCGGAGUCGCUUGCAAAGACUGAAGGUGAAAGCGAAGAAGGUUCAUCCGCUGCUGGACUACUGGAGAAACUCAGUGUAAGCGAAAGCAAACCUGAGGAAAGCGCAAAAAAGGAGGAAUCAGCUGAUGCCGGCAAGGAGACAGAAACCAAAACCGAGGCAACCCCUGCAGAGUAGUGGGCGGAGCAGAACCAAACACAACGGUACUGCUGAGCACUGCUUGGUGGAAAGAGUCAGUUUGUCGGUCCUUCCUAUCUAUGGAAGUUGGUAUCCAGUCAGAAGGUGUCUUGAGCAGAGUCCAUUUUCACCCAGUUGGGGGGCCUUCAUGGGUUUGAGUAUCCUACUGUUAAUUAAGAUAUCUGCUCACAGUCUGCGGUUGGCAUUUUGGAUCUGGUGUUGUCUUGCAUUUGUCAAGAACUCGAAAUGUAGUCCAUGAGUAUUGAGUUUGGAACAUUUUGGGUUUGA